AUGCGAGAACGCGGUCCGGACAGCCUGGCAGGACUCGUGCUGUAUGUAGGACUCUUCAGGCACCCCGGGAUGCUGCACAGGGCCAAGUAUAGCCGCUUUCGGAACGAGUCCAUCACGUCCUUGGAAGAAGGCAGCCCCGGAGGCUCAGCGGGCAACAAGGGCUCGCCGCAACCUCCCUACCCCGCCCUGGCACCUCACCUGCCGGCUGAAGAUGCCACCUUGGCGUCCCAGGAGAGCCCCACCCCACUGUGCACCUUGAUCCCUCGCAUGGCCAGCGUAAAGCUGGCCAACCCAGCCACCUUGCUGAGUCUGAAAAACUUUUGCUUGGGUACCAAAGAGGUACCUCGACUCAAGCUCCAGGAAAGCCAAGACCCGGCUCCCAGCAGCCCGGCUUCCCCUGAAACCAGUCUGAAUAGGGCCAUGCCAGCACCUCCGCCUCAGCGGGAUGCCCUGGGGCACAGGGCGACCUCUUUAACUCCUGAUGCCUGCCCCCUUCCCGGCCCUGGGGAGCCAACCCCCGGGGGCAGGCAGGACAAGCACUUUCUGCAACACCUGUUGGGGAUGGGCAUGAACUACUAUGUGAGGUACAUGGGCUGUAUUGAGGUGCUGCAAUCAAUGAGGUCACUGGAUUUUGGAAUGAGAACCCAAGUUACAAGGGAAGCAAUAAGUCGCCUGUGUGAAGCUGUCCCUGGGGCAAAUGGAGCCAUUAAAAAGCGAAAGCCUCCAUCUAAGUUCCUAUCAACAGUUCUUGGCAAAAGUAAUCUUCAGUUUUCGGGAAUGAAUAUAAAACUGACCAUCUCAACAUGCAGCCUCACAUUGAUGAAUCUUGACAACCAACAGAUUAUUGCAAAUCAUCAUAUGCAGUCUAUUUCAUUUGCUUCUGGAGGGGAUCCGGAUACUACAGACUAUGUUGCCUACGUAGCUAAAGAUCCAGUUAAUCAACGAGCCUGCCACAUAUUGGAAUGCAGCAAUGGAAUGGCCCAAGACGUCAUAAGUACCAUAGGGCAGGCUUUUGAACUCCGGUUUAAACAGUAUUUGAAAAAUCCUUCUUUGAAUACUUCUUCUGAAAGUGAGGAGGUGCACGUUGAUGACCAUGCUGAGGAGAGAGAAGAUCAUGAGUAUUACAAUGAAAUCCCGGGCAAGCAGCCGCCUGCAGGCGGUGUUUCAGAUGUACGGAUCAAAGUUCAAACCACAGAACAACUGGCUUACUGCCCCAUACGGUGUGAAAAGUUGUGCUAUUUGCCGGGAAACUCCAAGUGCAGCAGUGUGUAUGAGAACUGUCUAGAGCAAAGCAGGGCAAUAGGUAAUGCACACGAGAGAGGGGUACAGUCCCAAAGAGACACGUCAUUGAUGAAGCCCGCGUGCCGAGUGGAUCUCUUCGACGACCCCUGCUACAUCAAUACGCAGACUCUUCAAAGCACGCUAGGCUCUGCUGGAAAUCAAAGUCCAGCUCACCCACUGGGGACCCCAUGGUACCGUGAAAAGGCACCAGAAACAGUUCAACCAGGUGCCACAGCCCUGCCUGCCAGCUCACAUUCUUUGCCACACAUUAAGCAGCAGCUGCGGAAUGAAGACUGCUACCACGGCAAGCUGAGCAGGAAAGCAGCAGAGAGCCUCUUGGUAAAGGAUGGGGACUUUUUGGUUCGAGAGAGUGCAACAUCUCCUGGCCAGUAUGUGCUGAGUGGGCUACAGGGAGGCCAGGCAAAACAUCUUCUCCUGGUGGAUCCCGAAGGCAAGGUGAGGACCAAGGAUCAUGUAUUUGAUAAUGUUGGCCACCUUAUCAGAUACCACAUGGAUAAUAGUUUGCCAAUCAUCUCUUCUGGAAGCGAAGUAAGCCUUAAACAACCAGUGAGAAAAGAUAAUAAUCCAGUACUUUUGCAUUCCAACAAAUGACAGUAUGGAAGUACAUCACACUGAUACUUCAGGAAAGUCCAUUUUGUAUUAGGACACAAAGAUAAUUCACACUUGGUUUCUAGAUAAAUUGGAGCACAAACUGCGAAGUGUAUCUUUCUGAGACCAUCAUGGACUAGGUCCUUUAUAAAACAAAGAACUAACAAAAAUUGAUCUUCAGAAAGUGAAAAUCAGAAAAGGGGAAGAGGAUGGGUCCCUUUGAAAAGAUAGUAUACAUAUGCACGGAUGUCACUUUUUAAGGCCAUAUUGCAUUGAUAACAAGCUAAAAAAAAGCACAAUUAAAAUUUCAUGUGCUGAAGACAACUUGAAUGAACUGGGGCAGUGGUAUGUGCCUUUCAACUUGAUAAUUUGGGGACAUUUUCAUAUUGGGGAGAUUAGUUCUAAAUGUCUUCAUAUUCUAUAACUAUAGAACCAUUUGCCAAAAAAGUUUUUCCUUGUUAUAAAAAUAAGAAGCCAUUUGCUUAAUAGUUAUUGACUAUUACAUUUUCCGUUUGGUAACACUUUCACCUCAGUGUUAAAAUAAAUUUGACAUUGAAUUUGGACUGUGUCUAUACCAGUGGAAUCAAAUCAAGGGCCACUGAAAGCAUUGGUCAGUUUCAUCGGCCUGUCCCAUUUGCUGUUUAAAGGGUUGGAGCCCAAAUUUUUUGGCCUAGUAUUUCUCAAUCUUUGCUAUUUGGACUGUUUGUAUGCAACAUAUGACAAACUAAAGAAGCCAAAUCUAUGUCAUCUCUGAUUUCAUCGUAUUUCUCCCUCCUUCCCUCUCCCCCUCACCCUUUCCCCCAAAAAAGAGCACAUGAGUGCAUGGAUUUAAAAGAUAGCAGACAAACCAGUGUUCUUCAUAUUCAAUCUCCAAAUUGGUUCCAUUCUUAUUUAAAGCACCAAAUUUAUUUUAAAGUAUGGAGAAAUAUCCCCUUGACUGGUGGUGACUGAAUCAUAGGCCCUCAUCUACAUGUAUCCUUAGCACCUUUUCUAGAUAUCACCAGACAAAAUGUACCAGGGAGAAAACACUGAAUGAAACAAUUGGAAAGGUUUGACACAUGCAGGCACACUUGGUAAACCGAUGAUGUAGUGAAGCGUUGUGUAAGCAAAAGCACUGGACUGGGCCUCAUUGUGACCUUGAGCAACUUGGUGAACCUGUCUGUACUCCAGUUUCCUUAUCUAUAAAAUGAGGGAGCUGGGCUAGGUGAAUUCAUAGGUCCAUUUCAGCCCUAACAUAAUAUGAAUUUAUAAAAGGCAAAUUUUUCAUUUAUUAGGGGUCAGUGUUGAUAACCAGUCUGUAUAAUUAAGCUUGAAACUGCAGCUUUUUCCUUUAGUCUGUGUCUGUACUCAUUGAGAUCAUCAUUCAGAUAGCAGAGAUCUGGAGCCUUUCAGUCAAAAACAUUGAAACUUUGGAAAAAUAUAAGUGAUGGUAGUAGAAGUAGAUUUGGUUAUUUGAGUGGCAGAAAACGGCUUCAGUCUCAGCCCUCUACCUGCCUUUGCAUAUAGAGAUAUGGCCAUUAUUUUUGUGUUUUUUUUUUAUCUUGAGUUAUCUGGACAAUUGCCUUAAUUCCACUUCACUUUGGAUGUGUAGAUACAACUUAAUCUUUGUAAUUGUGAAAUGUUUGCUAAGUUUUAAGUAAAAUAUGAGAAAUUUCUUUCACAUAGAAAUCAUCAGAAACCAAGCAC